UAAAACUAUUUGGUUACUUUUUAUCAAAUUAUCUUCAGAAUACUAAGUGACAUGUUUAUUUUUAUAAAUAAGCUCAGCUAGAACAGCUGAUGUGCCAGCUGUAUGGCAAGGCCGUUCUAAUUUCACGGCCAGCCAAAAAAAUUCGCGGUCAGAUACGCGGAAUCGUUUAGUUUAUGUAAUGAUAAGUUGACACGGAGCAAAAACCACCUACUCAUGCGCUAAUUGUACGGCUCCACAAUGCUUCACUACCAUCUCGGGUUCAUCGUCCGCUGUGCGCGGCGCACUCCUCAGGUGCUGUGGACGCCUGUCUGCCACAUGAGUCGCCUGGCGCCCAUGCAGGAAUACCAGGAGCGCCUGAAAACGGGACGAUUGAUGGCUGACGACAGGCAGAUGCAGACGAUGAGGGAGCUUGACGCCGUAUACCACAGGAUUAAGAACUACUCGCCCAGAUACCAAGCUGGACGAAGCGGCGGAGGCUUUUUCAGCAGACUUUUCGGGUCGAAAUCAACAGCAGAAGAUGAUGACGCCGAUGAUAUUACAGCGGGAAGCCACGCUCCUCUUGGAUUAUACUUGUACGGGAGUGUGGGCGUUGGCAAGACAACACUAAUGGAUCUAUUCUUCGACUGUUGCUCGCAUAUACCUCGCAAACAGCGCGUUCACUUUACGGCCUUUAUGACAAGCGUUCAUGAACGCAUCCACGAGGCCAAGACGAGACAAGGACCCGUGGAUCGGGCUUUUAACUCAGAGAAGCCAGCACCCUUCGAUCCUACAAGACCGGUAGCCGAGUUGAUAGCAAGAGAAUCGUGGUUAAUCUGCUUUGAUGAGUUCCAAGUGACGGACAUAGCCGACGCGAUGGUGCUAAAACGUCUGUUUACGCAUCUUUUCCGUCAUGGGAUUGUCGUCAUUGCCACCAGUAACCGUCAUCCCGAGGAUCUGUACAAAAAUGGACUCCAGCGAACAAAUUUCCUUCCGUUUAUUGCGCUUCUGCAGAAACGAUGCAAGGCGUCCAGGCUUGAUUCGAUCGACUACCGGCGGAUUGCCCAGUCCGGAGAUACAAACUGGUUCGUCAAGGGCCAGACAGACGCGGAUGGCAACAUGAAUCGCAUGUUUAAGAUCCUGUGCUCCGAAGAGAACGACAUCAUCCGACCUCGCACAAUCACCCACUUUGGGCGGGACCUCACUUUUAGUCGCACCUGCGGUCAGGUGUUGGACAGCUCCUUCCAAGAGCUAUGCAACAGGGCUCUAGCUGGUAGCGACUAUCUGCAGAUUUCCCAAUUCUUUCACACCGUCCUCAUCCGCGAUGUGCCCCAACUGACCCUCGAUUUAAAAUCGCAGAUGCGGCGCUUUAUCACCCUGAUAGAUACACUCUACGACAACCGAGUGCGUGUAGUCAUAUCGGCAAACACAACGCUGGACAAUCUUUUCAGCUUCUCAGACCGCCCCAAAAGCAUGUCCGACUCCGACCGAGCACUGAUGGACGACCUAAAGAUAUCCCAUGGAUCGAAAGACUCCAAUUCCAGUUUUUUCACUGGCGAAGAGGAGCUGUUCGCCUUUGAUCGGACCAUUUCGAGAUUAUAUGAAAUGCAGAAGCGAGAAUAUUGGGAGCAGUGGGCCAAACACCGUUGAACCCCAUCUAAUAGUACAAUUAGCGCAAUAGUACUUAAUUUACCCGUAAACAAACCGUAUCGUGCAACUUCUACAACAACAACAAAAUUUCUGUUAUUUAAUAAAUAAUUUUCCUAGCAAAAUAUUUAUAUACUAAAU